CAGAAGUUGAUGGAAUAUUUGGCAGCAAAAGGAAGGAUGAAGCUGCCAAACCCAAAGCCGUACCUACAAGUCAAGAAGUCAGUGCUGGCUGCAGCAAAGGUUAUUGAUGGAAAAGAGAACAAAGCUUCCGUUGACUCAUGUAAAUAUGUCGGCAAAAAAGUACCAGCUGUGGCUGCUCAAGCCACAACACAUCCCGCCAGGCGGCCAUUCGGUGUGACAAACAAAGAGAAUGUAAAAGGCAGCAUCCUGGCUGCACAGCCGAAUGCCAAACGCCAAUCUUCAACCAGUGGCUCAGGACGUGACCGAAACCCAGGGCUCAUACCAACGAUCACCGGCGUGGCCGCCAAGCUCCGCCUGAAUGCAGCCAUCAACAACAAGAGGCAGCAAGCCACAGGAAUGCAUUGUUCAGGCAGAGCGUCUUCAAGCUCUGCGUCCCACAGCAAAUUGGACAGUGGCUCAAAUGCCUCUUCGGUUCCAAGGAAAACAACCAGUGCCAGGAUGAGCCUCUGCCCCCUUGUCAGAACAAGAACUGGGCUCAUCACUGCAGCGACACAGCCAAUUCAGUCUCAUGCAUCCCACGUGUCUGCUGCAUCGGAUGCUGACGCCAGUACUACUGUUUCUGUGGCCGACAAGGUACGCUCCGGCACGUACGCAUCAGGUUCCCAGAGGUCUGUGACUGUUCUGAAGAAAACACUUCCUGCUGCUGCUCUUAACAACCACGUUAACAAGAAAACAACAGUUUCUUCUGCAGCAAUAACUAGGUGUAAAAUUCCACCUCAGGACAAGUCUAAUGCAAAACCACGUUUGGAUAAACCGUCUCUGUCGUCUCGUAGGGCUCAGUUGUCCAGUGAACUAAAGCCAUUGCCCACCUUAAAAUGCAAAGCAGCACCUGUGCAGCCAAUGAGGAGAGAGGGGACGACAAAAACUGACAAAUCAUCAGGAAAGCCCACAGAGCGGUUAACGCAGCAGAAAUCUGAUGCAGGAGGGGUGAGAAAUGGACGAACGUGUAAAGUGUCGACCCAAACAUCCUCGGGGACAGUGAGCAGAAGCAGAUUCCUAGCGGACAAAGGGGUAAAGCGAUGGGAUGAGGUCGAGCUGGGACAGAAAACCAAGACAAGUACAGAGACACAAAGCAAGAAGGGACCCAGUUCAUCGAAUGCCCCUCCAACACAAACUGGUAUAAACCAAACGGGUGCUCCAGUGAUGUCACGGAGAGCGUCACAGCCAGCCACGUCCAUCCGCCACACAGGCCUGACCACAGGCACCAAGACCCCAAAGCUCCCAGCCAGGGUCCUGGCCCAGACCGAGGUCAAGAAACUGACAGCUGCCCAAGAAGAGAGAAUGAGAAAACUGCAGGAAUGGCGGCAAGCUAAGGGCAUAGCCUACAAGCGCCCGCCGAUGCCGGUGAAACCUGCGGUGAGGCGCACAGCGGCAGGGCCUGAGCCUUUCUGGACCGCGAUGAAGGAAGAGGAUGACGCCAACUCCCUCAUCUGUGCUGUCGACAGGUCCCUGGCAGACUGCAUCAAACUGCUCCGGGAGGGCUGCCCUCCGGACCACGUGAAGGAGGUGCUGUCGCGGCUUCCCACGGUGUCACAGAAGUUUGCCAAAUACUGGAUCUGUCAGGUCCGUCUGAUGGAGCAGGAAGGCCACCUGGACGUCCUGCCCGUGUUUGAAGAGGCUGUUCGCGUUGUGUUGGAGCCCAUAGACGAGCUACGGACUGUGGUCUUUGAGAUUCUGAAGAAAAAUGACGAGAUCCAAGCAUCUGAAACAAAGCUGGAGCGACUCCCAUCAGCCGAGAGUUCUCCUGAGAGCAGCGACAACCCGAUGAUGACCCCCAAACCUGUGAGGGUCCUCAUCUCGGGGGAGAAAGGAAACUCCUCUGUAGUCAAGUAUAAGAUUACAGCGACUCCUGGUGGCCCUCCAAGCCAGAGGAGAGAACCGACACGGGUCAACGGCCAGGAGGUUCGGUUUUUCACUCCGGUCAGACGCUCGGUGCGAAUCCAGAGAGCCUCGCUCGGAUAUCCCGCCGCCCUCCAGGACCACGACCUCUGCGUGGCCUCCUACAAGGACCUGAUCUCCGAGGAGGAUAAGAACACGAGCAGGGAGCAGGAGGAGGGGGGGGCAACCAGCCCAUCUGUUAACAACACACCGAUGUUUAUCUACAGACAGAACGAAGCACUGAAAGACAAGGUGCUCGUCCAGCUCGUCUGUGACGAAGGUGUUUAGUCAAAUAUCAGUGAGAAAAAAGAAAAGUGUUAUCCUAGUAAAUCUCGAUCCAGGCAUUUUAAGAAAUGAGCAGGUCAAG